ACAUAUAUUCCCAUUAACAUUGCUUUGCUACCCUAUCACUCUCUUUCUCUCUCUCUCUCUCUCUCUCUCUCCUUCUUUCGGUUGUCUUGGAUUUUCGUCAUACCAAAGGAAGGCGAGGAGGUUUUCUUUUCUAUCCUUGGCUAGGGUUCCGUUUCUGUGCUAUACAUAUAUGCAUAUGCGAAUAUCAUUUUGCUUCUGGAGCUUCUCGUUGUAUGCGUAUGUUAUCAGGGUAUUCCAUUUCACUCCUUGACUUGGCUCUAGGGGCUUUAUUUGUAUCUGGGCAGCUUCAAGUGGCAGUUACUGCCAAACAAUAGGUGGUUUUAUGGCUAUUUCCUGAGUUGAAGUGAGUUGGUGCUUCUAGGGGAUUUUGUUGCUUGGAAAUGCCUUCUACGGAUCAGCAAGGCUCUUCUGUUCCUUUUGCCUCCUUUCGCCGUGCAAUUUUAGGGAUUAGGAAUGAUCAGGUUCAUUCCUUGGAAAUGAACCAGGAAUCUGAUUCCCCAGACUUGGAGCUCGAAUCUUUCCAGAAGCUUGUCUAUGAUCGAUUUUAUGAUCUUUCAACUGUUGCUGCCGAUGAGUUUCUCACUGCUAGAUGGAUAAUGAAGGUACUGGAGGCUUUUGUUGGUUGUCAAGAAGAGUUUAGGGUCAUUUUGUGCAACAGGGGAGCUUGGCUUUCUAAACCUCCAUUGGACAAGUUUGUUUCUGACUUCUUUGAGAAAAGCAUUAAGGCUCUUGAUAUUUGUAAUGCAACUCGGGAAGGGAUUGAGAAGAUUCGACUGUGGCAGAAGCAGUUGGAGAUUGUCCUCUGCGCAUUGGGUUCUCAGCAGAGGAUGAUUGGUGAGGGUCAAUUCCGUCGUGCAAGGAAGGCUUUGAUGGAUUUGGCACUUUUAAUGUUGGAUGACAAGGAAACUGGAUAUUCUGUUUCCCACCGGAACCGGUCUUUUGGGCGUCAUAACACCAGCAGGGAUCACCACCGUCAUCGCUCUGGUCACUCGCGAUCUCUUUCUUGGAGUGUCUCUCAUUCUUGGUCAGCAGCUAAGCAGCUACAAUCUUUUGCAAACAAUCUGGCCCCACCGCGUGCAAAUGAGAUUGUGGCUACCAAUGGGCUUGCUGUCCCUGUCUUUACCAUGAGUUUCGUGCUCAUGUUUGUCUUGUGGAUUCUGGUUGCUGCAAUCCCUUGUCAAGAUCGGAGCCUCCAGAUUCAUUUUUCGAUCCCUCGGCAAUACCCAUGGGGUGCCCCAUUGCUUUUGCUUCAUGACAGGGUUAUGGAUGAAGCUAAGAAGCGUGACCGUCGGAAUUCUAGUGUGCUGUUGAAGGAGGUAUAUGAGAUCGACAAAUGCAUUCGUCACAUGUCAGACUUGGUAGAUUCAGUUCAUAUCCCAUUGACUGAGCAGCAGAAGGAAGAGCUGCAAAAAGGAGUGCAGGAGCUUGCUGUGGCUUUUGAUGCUUGUAAGAAUGGAUUGGAUCCAUUGGAGCCGGAAGUGAGGGAAGUGUUUCGUAAGAUCAUGAGCUGCCGAAUUGAGGGUCUUGAACUGUUUAACAGGGGAAGCCCUGCUGGUUGAUUUGAAUUUGUUGGACAGCUAUAGAAGAUCAAAUGUCAACAAAAAAAAAAAAAAGAAGAAAAAG